AUGGAACGCUUCCACAGGGCACUCAAGGCCGCGCUGAUGUGUUGGCCUCAAACACCCUGGCCCUCAGCACUGUCGCUAGUCCUCCUAGGCUUGAGAACGGCCUUCAAAGAGGAUCUACAGGCAUCUCCGGCAGAGAUGCUUUAUGGCACCACACUGCGCGUGCCCGGCGAAUUUUUCGUCACGACCAGCAACCCCGCAGCACAUCCUGUCUCUUUCGUCGAGUGUCUUCGGGAACUAACAAAAGCCAUCAAGACUGUGCCCACCACAAAGAGCUUAGGACAUGUGAGCCCCCACCGAGUCAUCUCCCGCCGAGACGACCGUACCUACAUCAUCGACGUAGGAGGCAGGCAGGUGACCAUCUCCACCAACGACCUCAAGCCAGCCCACACGGACGAGUCGCUUACAGAUUCCCCACAGGGGCCUCAGCUCCCUCCGACUGACUCCACGCCCUCGAUCAGCCCGGACACUUCGCCCUCCAAGCAACUCAAGCGGUCUCAACAAACCCAGCAGCACCCUCCUCCGCAGAACAACCCAGCUAACCCUGCUCAGCACAAAGGACCUCUCAAGAAGGUAUUACCAGAAUCUGAAGUAAAAACACAAGACAGUCAAAAAAACUGUAUCAUGACUUUUAUAAAAUAUUAUUACGUAUUAUUUUGGGCUUCAUUUGCUAUGCCACAGGCACGUGUUAUAAUAUUGCUUGUAGAUGCCUUAAAGUAUGAAUUUACCAUUAAGUACAAACAUGAAGACGCAGAUGGUACUUUCCAUAGAAAUAAACUUCCGGUGAUCAGUGAAACUCUACAAAGGUAUCCCAGGAGUUCAAAACUUUUUAAAUUUGUGGCAGACCCUCCAACAACAACAAUGCAAAGGCUGAAAGCUUUAACCACCGGAACUUUGCCGACAUUUAUCGAUAUUAAUAAGAAUUUUGCUGCAGAUACAAUCGAAGAAGACAAUAUCAUUGCUCAAAAUCAAGAGAAUGGAAACAUUGUUACAGGAGACUGUACUUGGAAUAAGUUUUAUCCAGGAAAAUUCUUAAGAGACCAUACUGUGUAUUCGUUUGAUGUAUUUGAUCUAGAUACAGUAGAUAGGAGCGUCAGAGAAAAUGUUUUCAAUGAAAUGGAUAAUAAAGAUUGGACACUUUUGAUAGGUCAUAUGCUAGGAAUCGACCAUUGUGGACACACGUAUGGCAUGAAUCAUCCAGAAAUGUUAAGAAAGUUGAACGAAACAAACAUUUUUAUAAAAGAUGUCAUUGAAAAAAUCAACAAAAACGAAGAAGACACGGUACUUUUCAUCAUGGGUGAUCAUGGAAUGACCAAAAGUGGAGAUCAUGGUGGGGAGAGUUCAGAUGAAACUGAUGCAGCCUUGUUUGUGUAUUCCACUUUACCACUUAUUAGUGAAAGCACGGAUUUAAAUAUUAAAUCGUCAUCGACUGUUAGACAAAUUGGUUUUGUACCUACUAUAUCAGUUAUUUUAGGGACGCCAAUUCCGUUUUCGAAUAUUGGAGGCCUGAUCUUUGAAGCACUGCCACUCAAAGUAUCAACGGAAAAUGUCAAUUCCUUCAUCUUACACUCAUUGUGGAGAAAUAUAUUCCAAGUUCAAAACUACCUAAGUACUUAUUCUAGUGAAAACUUUUUUUCUGACAAAGUUCAGUUGGAUCAAAUCAAACACAUGUACAACGAACUUUUAGAGCAAGUGAAACUUGUAAAGUUGGAUGAAGACUUGAAAGACUUCAUAAGCUUAUCAAAUACAUAUUUUUCAACAGUAAGAUAUGUUUGCUAUAAAGAAUGGGUUCAAUAUAACAAUAACCUAAUGACUGGAGGGUUGCUCAUUAUGUUUUUGUCUGUGUUGUCACUGUUAACAAUAUUAAGCACUGGAUUGGUUGAUGAAAAAAUCCACUUAAAAUUACAAUCAUGGUUUAGGACAUCUUUAUUGGUCACAAUUGUGAUAGCCAUAGUCCCAAUUAUAGUAUUGUACUGUUCAAGAAUUGUAGACUUACAAAGUACUUUACUUUUUUCUUAUGGUUCGUCAUCUAUCAUUGCUUUUGCAGUAUUACUGAUUGAAAACUUGGAUUAUAUAUUUAACUCAUGGUGUCGAGAGUUAAUGCGUAUAAAAAAUAUUGAUAAUCUUUUUUUGACGUUUGUCUUAAUCCCCUCUACAUUCGGAGUUUUUUCAAAUAGUUACAUUUUAGAAGAAAACAAAAUCUUAUCUUUUUUUGUCAUCACUAUGUUUUGUUUCCUCAUUUACUUCAGACAAAUGAUAAUUUACAUGGUCAUAAGUAGUGCUGCAAUUGUAACGUUUUAUUGGCCGAUAUCAAUAUUUCUGCUUUCAAAAGAAAAUACAAUGAAGAUCAGAACAGAAGAAGUUACAAUACCAAAAAUAUGCGAGAAAUUAAAAAAAACAUUUGACAUAAAAAAAAGCGAGUAUGAAACUGAAACUUCUAUUGUGUAUGGACUGGAAACUAUAUACAGCUCAAGUUUUAUUUCACUCGGCAUGUUAUUGAAUCUCCUAUACAUUCUGUUAUUGGGAUUUUUAAUUGCUCCAAGUGUCAUCAUGAUGAAUAUUGCUUGUAUUAUAUUACUAUAUGUUAGUGCCAUAGAUCGAGUUCGUAAUGCAGCUAAUCUAGAAGAAUUAGUGCGUGUUCCCAUUCACGUGGUAUUAUGCUGGUUUUUGAUUGCUGAAUACUUUUUCUUUGCUACUGGCCAUCAAGCAACUUUUUCGUCCAUUCACUGGGAUGCUGGAUUUAUAGGAAUCGAUGGCUCGUUGUCUUCAGUUAUGUUCCUUCGAGCAGUACUGAUAAUAAUUAACACGUACGGUUCGCACAUUAUCUUAGGGGUGCUGCUUCCACUUUUGGUAAUAACUCCCUUUACAAUGAUAUUUUUUUUUCCUCAAAUCGCAAAAUUGUCCAAGAUUGCAUUGGCAGACAUUAAACAAGGCGAGCAAUCACUUUUAAGCAAUAGUUAUCUCUUUCACUCUGAAAUUUACUCAGUAUGUGGGAAAUAUAUUCUACUUCAUGCAUUCAAGGUAUUUGCUUGCAUGAUCGCCGUCACUGUACACAAGCGUCAUCUCAUGGUGUGGGGUAUUUUUGCUCCAAAAUUCAUAUUUACAGGGAUUAGUUUUUUUGUUACUCUUGGUGGUAUUUUGAUAUCAAUACUUUUAAUACUAAGGAUUGAACAUUGUCUUAUAAAGUUUUUCUCUAAAAUAAAUGAUAAGUAG